AUGUCGAAGCCUAUUAUCUUACAUAUCGGGGAACCGAUCAAAUACAACCAAGAUUAUUACGAUAACGAAUUCUGCAAACGAUUCCGGGUGGUGCGAAAUGAGUGCCUGGAUCGAGCAUCGUUUAUACAGGCUCUCCAGGAGAGAAAGUUUGGCGACUUCUCUGCGAUAUACCGACCACACUUCCAGACUGGUGGUGAAAUGGGGGACUGGAACGAAGAGCUCAUCACACUGUUGCCAUCCUCAGUUCGAAUCUUUGCCUCAGCCGGCGCGGGCUUCAACUGGGCUGAUGUCGAUGCUAUGGGUCGGCGUAAGAUAUGGUACGCAAACGGUGCCGGCGCGAGUGACGAGGCAGUCUCGGAUACCGGCCUGUACAUGAUCCUAUCAGUUUUUCGCAAUUUCACUCGAUCUCAGUUAGCUGCCCGAACAUGCGACCCCGACCAAUUCAACGCCACACACAAGCUCAUAGCGACCAUAUCUGCCAACCCUCGAGGGCAUGUGCUUGGUAUAGUCGGUCUAGGAAACAUCAGCAAGAAGCUUGCUUACAAGGCAAAGACUGCACUUGGUAUGAAGAUACACUACUAUGACGUGGUUAGGGCAUCUGACGAGGAGGAGAAAACGCUUGAUGCAACUUUUCAUUCCUCAUUGAAUGAACUCCUGGCAGUGGCGGACUGUGUCAGUCUACAUACACCGUUAAAUUCACACACCCAGGAUCUGAUUAGUACCGAGGCAUUCGCUGCAAUGAAGCCUGGAUCACGGCUAAUCAAUACCGCACGAGGGCCUGUCGUUAACGAGGAAGCACUGAUCAAAGCGCUGAAGAGCGGCAAAAUAUCCGCCGCAGGUCUUGACGUACAUUACCAUGAACCUCAAGUCUCGAAAGAACUUGCAGCCAUGGAGAAUGUGACACUCACAACGCACAUUGCAGGAGGUGCACUGAACACAAGAAUCAACUUCGAGCUUAACGCUAUGAAGAAUAUUAUGGCUGUCGUUGGGGACAAGGGAGAAUUCAUAGGAGAGCCCCUGACACCCGUAAAUAAAAAGGCCUUUCAAUCAGCAUCGGCUUGA